AUGCGCACUAACAGGUCUCUGGAAUCGGAUGCAGCUCGCAGUACAGGCUGAGUCGACGCUGCCUUGGUAACGCCACACAUGCGGAGCACGAGCUGGGGACCCAGAUUCUCCUGAUUUCAGAGGCUUCUUCCUACACUCUUCUCCUCCAUCCAUUCUUCCCUGUUUCUCCCAUCAGCAGUCAACUAGGCGGCUGUGCCACAACUGUUAUGGACCCGUGGAAAUGCAGACAGGGCUCAAAAAGACGGAGUGACAAAUAAAAAAGAAGAAAAGAACUUGAAGCGGCGCACAAGCAGGUAAGCCAUGCCAUUGGUAAAACGCAGUAUAGAGCCUAGACACCUGUGUCGAGGUGCAGUACCUGAUGGAGUCACCAGUGAACUGGAGUGUGUUACCAACAGCACCCUCGCUGCCAUCAUCAAACAGCUUGGUAGCCUCAGUCGUCAUGCGGAGGACAUCUUUGGAGAGCUGUUCAAUGAAGCCAACAGCUUCUACAUGAGAAUGAACAACCUACAGGAGAGAGUAGACAUACUGGCUGUCAAAGUCACACAGCUAGACUCCACUGUGGAAGAAGUCUCUCUGCAGGACAUCAACAUGCGUAAAGCGUUUAAGAGCAGUACCAUCCAGGACCAACAGGUGGUCUCACGAACCUCAGUCCCCAACCCUGUGGUAGAGAUGUACCAUCGCUGUGACAAACCUCCACCUCUCAACAUACUCAGUACCUAUAGGGAUGAUAAGAAGGAUGCGUUGAAGUUCUACACAGACCCCUCCUACUUCUUCAUGCUGUGGAAAGAAAAGAUGCUGCAGGCCACGGAGGACAAGAGGAAGGAGAAGAGACGACAGAAGACCAGCUGUCCGACCCACUCUGACCAGGGUAGACCCCACAGCAGACAGGCUCCACCUCGCAGCCCACUACCCAGCUCCGAGCAGCACAAACAGGUAGAGGACCCAGGAAGGGAGGUGAAGAAGGUUCGUAAGGCCCGUAAUCGCAGACAGGAGUGGAAUAUGAUGGCUUAUGACAAGGAGUUCCGCCCCGAUACCAGACUAACCCCCUCACCCUAUCACGGAAUGUCCUCCGAGGGGUCGCUAUCACCCGAUAACAGGUCUGUGGCAUCAGACAUGGGCGAGCUCUCCUACCCAUCCAGCCCUAACCACCCCUCCCAGCCCCCCUCUGCCCCCCACCCCAUCGACAGUGUCCCCCACCUCACCCAGACACCACAAACCCAGUCCUUAGACAGGGGUGGGUACCCCCGACCUAACCUCCCCUCUGGUGUAGUCGCUGGGGGAAGACAUAUCGCCUCUCUGGGGCGCACUCAGCACCCCCACGCACCCCCCGCCUCCUCUGAGGGGGGAGCACUCAAUGGACCACGGCAGCAGUCAGUCAAGGACUGCAGGGCAUAUGGCGGCCAGCCAUCAGCCAUCCCCGAGUACUUCACCCCCCCUGCCCCUCCCCCUCCCCCCCCCCUCAUCCCGUCCGCCCAGACUGCCUUCGACUCCACCUCGUCCUCCACCAUUCUUCCCCCCGGGGCCGUGGCGGUCUUGCCCCGCCCUUACAGUCCCUCCCCUACUCCCCCCGCCCCCUGCCAACUAUGUCCCCUCCCCUCUCACGCCCCCUCCGGUGCCCCUCCCGCUGCACCCCCUCCUCCCCCACCUGGUCUACCCUCCCAUAUCCUGUCUCUGGCUCACGCCAUUGGUGGAGAAGCUCCUGCCACCAGGAAGGGCCAGAUGCCGAUGAUUCCGAUAAGCGACGCUCGCAGUGACCUGUUGGCUGCCAUACGUAGAGGUAUCCAGUUGAGGAAGGUCCAGGAACAGAGAGAGCAGGAAGCGAAGAGAGAGCCAGUUGGAAACGACGUGGCCACCAUCCUAUCACGUCGCAUCGCCGUCGAGUACAGUGAAUCAGAUUCCGACUCCGGCGGGGAGGACAACGGGGAGUGGUCCGACUGAAAUGGGUCAGCGGUCAAUAGGUUAAGGGGGACAAGGGUUAGGGGUCAAGUGGAGGUGCUUGUGAGGAAAGGGUGUUCAAAACUUUAUUCAAAAUUAUUGAAUUCAAUUUCUGUUGCCCACCACACACACACACACAGACUUUAAAGGGAUAGACCAACCCCCAACCUACCUAACUCCCCCACUCUAGCACAUUGUUGUGUGCUUGAGUAGUAUUGCUAAACACACUACAUGACUUCUACUCAAGCACUAUAACACAGUCAAUCAAGCAAUGCUAUAGUAGAGGACUGCAGUACAUACCAGUGUACAGUCGUGGCCAAAAGUUUUGACAAUGACACAAAUAUUAAUUUUCACAAAGUCUGCUGCCUCAGUUUGUAUGAUUGCAAUUUGCAUAUACUCCAGAAUGUUAUGAAGAGUGAUCAGAUGAAUUGCAAUUAAUUGCAAAGUCCCUCUUUGCCAUGCAAAUUAACUGAAUCCCCCAAAAACAUUU